AUGUACGGUAUUGCAUUGGCAGUGGAGAAAUACAAUAUCCCAUUCAAUACCAAUCUUCUUCUCUCAUCUCUCAGAAUCAUGGAAACUUCUCACCCCCGACUACGAAAGCCUCAUCCCAGCGAGGAUAUGGCCGAGCAUCUCGGACAGACGCAUGGAGAACGAACAUCGGGAAUGGAUUCGCAUUCAAGCGGCCUCGGUGAAUCUUUAGGCAGCUCUGUAUGGCGUGUCAUCAGGACGGCUCUGGGAUGCAGCUACGCUAACCUGCUUCUCCCGUUUGUGUUUUUGGGAAUGACGGCGGGGAGUCAAGGGUGGGACGACUCGAUUGUUUUCGUGUUCAACUUCCUGACUAUUCUUCCUUUGGCGGCGUUGCUUUCGUUCGCGACGGAGGAAUUGGCCAAAAGCGUUGGACAGACGCUUGGUGGGCUGAUUAAUGCGACGUUUGGAAAUGCGGUUGAAAUGAUCGUGGGGAUCACGGCCGUCCGGCAGGGGGAAAUUAAUAUUGUCCAAUCUAGUAUGGUUGGAAGUAUUCUGUCGGGCAAUCUAUUGAUUCUCGGGGUUUCAUUGUUUUGCGGCGGCUUUUCCAAAGAUGCCGUGGAGUUCAAUGUCGAUGUCAGUGGUAUUCUAUCUUCCUUGAUGGUCAUAUCCUCGGCGACACUGAUUAUUCCAUCCGUACUUUAUUCGACUAUAUCCGCAAAGUCUCAUGACGUCGAAGCUAGCGUGUUAAAUCUCUCCCGUGCCGCCUCUGUGGUUCUACUGGGCUUCUACCUGGUCUACCUGUACUUCCAACUGAAGAGCCACGCAGAGCUUUUCGUGGACGAUGAGUCCGACGAGGAAGAGCCCCAGGUCCUUGGACCAUGGCCCGCAAGCAUUAUCCUGAUCCUCGCCACAUUGGGUGUCACCGUCUGCUCCGAUGGACUGGUGGAGAGCGUGGAUGGCUUCGUGGACAAAUGGCAUGUGAGCCGGGCAUUUAUUGGUCUCAUUGUGGUUCCCAUCGUUGGAAACGCGGGGGAGUUCAACACAGUGAUCAAUUCUUCUCUCAAGGGAAACAUGAACCUUGCAAUUGGGGUGGUUGUGGGUAGCACGUUGCAGAUUGCUUUAUUCGUCAGCCCUUUCCUUGUGAUGUGUGGCCUGGUGAUUGGACAACCGAUGUCUCUUCGCUACAGUCCCUUUGAGACAGUGGUCUUUUUCUUGUCGGUGAUUGUGAUGGACUGCUUGAUUCGUGGAGGUCGAUCGAACUACUACGAAGGGAUUUUACUGGUUGGAACAUACCUUAUUAUCGCCAUUGCAUUCUACGUGCACCCGGAUGCAGCUAGUGUUCCUCUUGUUUAA